UAUCAGCAUUGACUACAUCUAUUCCCCAUUCUUCUUUUACAGCCAACUUUUUCCAAUAUGUCAAGAAGCGUUAAAACAACCGCAAUCGGCAUUGAUCUGGGAACAACUUAUUCAUGUGUUGCUGCCUGGUUUGAUCAGCACAACCGUGUCGAGAUCAUCCCUAAUGAACAAGGUAACAACAUUACCCCAUCAUGCGUGGCUUGCGACGACAUAGAAGUUUUAGUUGGUGAGGGUGCCAAAAACCAAAUCACCAGGAAUCCGAAUAACACAGUUUUCGAUGUUAAGCGUUUAAUGGGAAGCAAAUUUAGUGACAAAAGAUUGCAGGAGGAUAUACAAUCCUGGCCUUUUAAGGUAAUUGAACGGUCUCUAGAAAAGCCAAUGAUUGUGCUUGAACAUAUGGGCACAGAAAGGGAAUUUUCACCGGAAGAAAUAUCUUCCAUGAUUUUGAAGAACUUGAAAAAGGCUGCUGAAGAAUUCCUCGGAACACCAGUUACACAUGCAGUGAUUACGGUCCCUGCGUAUUUCAAUGACAAGCAACGACAGGCGACAAAGGACGCUGGGACACUGUCUGGCCUCAAUAUCUUGCAAUUGAUUAACGAGCCCACAGCAGCUGCAAUCGCCUAUGGUCUAGACAAACUUGCUGACAGGAACCACCCACCGCAGAAAAAUGUCUUCAUUUUUGAUUUGGGUGGGGGGACAUUUGAUGUGUCGCUUCUGACUAUUACCAAGGAUGGAAACAUAAGUGUUAAAGCCGUGGGCGGUGACACGCAUUUAGGUGGAGAGGAUUUUGACAAGGCUAUGGUUAAUCAUUGUGUAGAAGAAUUCAAGAAGAGACAAAACAAGGAUAUCAGUAAAAAUGCAAGGGCAGUGGGGAGAUUAAAAGUUGCAUGUGAAAAAGCAAAGAGGGAUCUUUCAUCUACAGCUCAAACAUCUAUUGAAAUUGAUUCGUUAUACGACGGAAUUGAUUUUUCAAUUAAGUUCACCCGCGCAAGAUUUGAGGAGCUAAAUGCUGGUUUUUUUACUAAAUGCAUUGAGCAUGUUGAGAAAUGUUUGAGAGAUGGGGAUAUGCAAAAGCAAGACAUUGAUGAUAUUGUUCUUGUUGGCGGGUCGACUCGGAUCCCCAAAAUACAGCUAAUGCUGAGGGAAUUAUUCGACUGGAAACAACUUUGCAAGAGCAUUAAUGCAGAUGAAGCUGUCGCGCAUGGUGCAGCAGUGUUGGCUGCAAAGUUAAGUGACAAUGGCAAUAAAACUGUGAAGGAUUUGAUACUUUUAGAUGUAACCCCUCUCUCGCUUGGCAUCGAGACCAAUGUAGAUGAUAUGGAUAUUUUAAUCCCAAGGAACACACCAAUACCCACCACGAAGGAGGAUGUUUAUGUAACAAUGGUGGACAACCAAAUAGGUUUCACAAUCCAGGUGUAUCAGGGUGAGAGCAGGAAAACUAGGGACAACAUCUUCCUUGAUCAGUUUCAUCUUCAGGGUGUUCCUCCAGCCCCUGCAGGUGAACAAAAGGUGAAGGUUUGCUUUACCAUAGACGUCAAUGGUAUUCUCAAUGUUUCUGCUGAAUUGGUAUCUACGGGUAAUAAGAAAGGUAUAAUAAUUGCUGAGAGUGGAAAGCUGUCAAAGGAUGACAUUGAAAAGAUGCUGAAAAACGUUGUGCUGUAAGUUUAUUUGGAUCAGAAAUACAAUAUUCUACUCACAGGAUAUUUCUAAUGUCUUAUCAACUCAGAACUCGAAUGUUGUUGCUCUUUUGGAUAUGUAUACGAUUCAAGCUUUUGUGAUUAAUUGAAUAUGAUUCACUUUAUGGUUGUA